AUAGGUGACGGCAUCUGACGGAAGAUAAUGCAAACCGCGAUUAAGAUGAGAACGCGACGUGGCGCGCGUAUCGUUCCAUUCCGUCCGAGUAAACACGAAGCGCGGAGGCGCCGCGCUCGCACACCUCGUGCGUGCUCGCGGUCGUCCGUAACUAACGUCGCGUGAGAAUUCCCCUCGUGCGACACAGCAGAGGGGGUGGAAAAAAAAUCAGUCAGAACUCCGUGUUUCGGAAAGUGGCCGAACGGCAACGACGCGAGGACAGCGCUCGACGCGAAAACAACGACGACAACAACUACUACUACUACUACUACUGUUACUAUUACUACUACUACUACUACUACUACUACACAACGACGACGACGACGACGACGACGGAGACGGUGGCGGCAACGGCGACGGCGGCGUUUGCGUUACCGCACAGAACGCACAUGUCAAAAACGCUUAAUGUGCGCGGAGCAAGGUGUGCGUGAUACGCAGGAAGCGGCCGCAGAUGUCCGCGGCAGCUACCGUCGCGGCGUCGGUGCCGCGACCGCGACCGCGUCGAGAAGAUGUCAAGCGUCGGCUCGGCGCCGCUAUCCAAGCGACUCGUGAACGGUGAGAAGAGCAUCGACGGCGCUGCUGCCGCGACCGGCGCUGUCAGCGGCAACAGGGUGGCUGGAGGAAGAGGAGGUGGAGGAGGAGGAGGAGGAAGAGACGUGGGCAGCAGUAGCAGCAGCAGCAGUAGCAGCAACCGUAACCGAAGUUGCGUGGGUGGCGGUGGUGGUAGUGCGAGUGUUUUUGCUUCUCGUAGUAGUGCCGGUUUUCGCAUCGGUGGUAGUGGUAGUGGCGGUGGUAGUGGUAGAGGAGGCAAGAAUAAUAAUAAUAAUAAUAAUACUGAUAUCGCCGGUAACGUUGUUACCGGCAACUUUAUCGGUGGCGCCGCGGACGGUUCCCGCAACGUGACGUUGUCCAACGCCCGCGGCACGACGCCAGUGAACUUCUACCGCGAGACGACAGUACCGCGCACCUGCUGCUGCGGCGGCAGCGGUGGUGGUACUUGUCGUUGUUGCGUUUACGCUCGUUUAUCACCGUCCUCGGUCAGGACGGGGACUGCGACGACGCGCGCGUCCAACGGCAACAAGAUCACGUUGAAUAUUGCCGGGACGACGGCGGCGACGACAACAACAACAACAACAACGACGACGACGACAACGACGACGACGACGACGCCGCCGCUGCUGCUGCUGAACGCCGGUUGCAUCGCGGAUGCGAGAAUCCUCGGUGGAGGCAGAAACGUCAACAACAACAGAAAUCCCACAAACCCCGCUACUGUCGUCAUUGUCGACGUCGCAUCGUCGUUUCACCGCCGCGACCACGAGGAAGACGACGAGGACGACGAGGACGACCAUCGCCGCUACUACGGUCAACUUGGCGACAACAUGGUCGCGGCGAUGAACGAACACCUGUCCAACGCAACGACGACGACGACAACGUCCUCGCCGCCGGCGGUGGCGAAUGCCAUCCGCGGUGACAGCAGCAGCAACCCCGUCAUCGCGAUGUCAUCGUCAUCAUCCUCGUCAUCCUCGUCAUCAUCGUCAUCAUCGUCAUCGUCCUCGUCCUCGAUGUCGUCGGCUCUGAUGACGGCGACCACCACGAACGCCGGUGGCAACAGCAACGAUCCUUGCGCCACAAUGAUGACGAUGACAGGCAACGUCGGGAGCGGUGCCAACAACGGUGGUAACAACGGCACCCAGGAGUUUCAAGAGGUGGAUGGUGACAGCAAGAGCACCGUUGCCGUCGCCGUCGCCGCCGCCGCCGCUGCCGCCACUACGACCACCGCUGCCGCCGCCGGUAUUCUCAGUUUUCCAUGCGACUUCGAUCACAUGUAUGCGAGCAUGACCGACGGCACCGCGCCGGCUGCCGCCACGGCCACCGUGGCCACCGCGCUCGGUGUCAGUCCGCUGCGCGGCAACGAGCCCCGUCACAACGAUCUCACCGAGGUCAAGCAUCUGAAGGAACUGCUCCUGCUCCACCUUGACCUCAUUCAGCAGCAAUCCGAGCAGAUCGUCACCAAGGACAAACUUCUCGCCGCGCUGCGCCAGGAAAACGAGACGCUGAAACUACGUUUGGAGCGUAUGGAAAGGCGGGUGAACUUGCAGAAGCUGAGGUCCGAGUGUAGUGAGAAUUCUAUCAGUUCGGAACAUUUAGGCGCCUGUUCGCCCACUAAUGUCAAUUCGGUCAGUGUACCCUCGACCAGUGAGCUGCACAGAAGUCCCCCGUGCGAGGGUAACAACACCUUACACGAGAGCUUCAAGAUACGUCUGAACACUAGCGGCGGUAUAACCACUGUCAAACAAGAGCCACAUGAUAAUCAAAUUAAAGUGGAAGUGAAACAGGAGGUCAAUACCGACGCAAGGUUCGAAUGGGAGGAGAAAAAGAAGAGACGAUCUGAUCCAACUCCCUUAUCUACAGGUAGUAAAAAGAAAAGAGGACUCUCUUGUUCGUCUACUAUUAGUAACGAUGGGAUACCAGAAAAGAUAUUAGGUCAGGCUUUGCAUGAGGCGAGUAGAAAGAGUGACAGGAAGGCUAAAUCUCUCAUAAAAAAGGAAUCUUUUCUUACAACGGAGGAACAUUAUUAUACAGCUGUAGGAGACCCAAAUUAUACUUUAAAUUUGAAACAGUUUAACCCAGUAGAAACAAGUAAUUCAUUAGAGGUUCCAAACUGGAGAGUAAAGGUAUAUACGAGUUGUUACACAAUGGAGGGAACUGAGAACUUGGAUGAUGAAAUUUUUAAUAAGAGACACUUGAAAUUGGAGAAUGAUGAAAGGAGGAGAAAGCGAUGGGAUGUACAAAGGAUACGAGAACAAAGGCACAUAGAAAAAUUAAAACAGCGACAGGAACGUCAAAAUCAUCAAGCUACAUGCUACAAUACUAAUCAUACUGGUCCUUGUCCCUCGUCCAUGGAGGAGGAAACCAUAACGUCCUUGUGGCCUGAUUUAGAACAAAUUCAAAGUCUCCAAGUAGAUCCUUAUUUGCCAGUAACUGCAUUUGGCGCUCCUAUUCCUAGUUUCACACCAAGUGAAUUCUCUUUACCCUGGUCGAAUAUAACGCGAAUAAAGUGUCGACGUCCUAAACGUUCAACAGGUAGAAGAAAAUCUACAGGUAGAAGAAAAGUUUAGGAAAUAUAAAUUUUUAUAAAAUGGACAGAACUGAUUUUAAGAAACAAUAUCGUCGAUUUAAAAAAAAAACUGUUGAAAAUACUAUCGCUCCCUCUUUCACACCAUAAUUGAAACAGCGUCUUUCGUUGCUAAAUAGGAGCACCAAAGAUAUUUUCAUUGACUUUUUAAACAUGCAAUAUAGUAUAGUUUAUCUAUUUUUUUUACAUUUUUAUUUAAGAAAUUUCAUCGUCAAUGUUUGAUACAUUAUUUGUUUGAUAAAUCUACAUUUUGUACUCGGUGUUGGUCAUUUUAUUUAUAUAACCAUGAAUAUGUAUCACACAAUAUAACGAAAUAUCGAUCCGGCAUGUUGAACUUUUUUCAAUUCCAGACUUUAUUUUUGUUUCAUUUUCAGUAAGUUGACAAUAUUGAUAUUUCCAAGACUUUUUGAUUGUUCCAAUUAUAUGGAACAUUUUAUAUUAUUUUUGUAAUACAUUAUUUGCUAUUGUUUAAAAAAUUAAGAAAACUACCGUAUACAUUGACCAUAUACACUUCGUAAAUAUAUAUGUAAAAAAAGAAUGUCACAUAACGGGAGAAUAUAAUGAAUUUUUUAA